AUGGAUUAUCUUUUCCGGCGGCGGUUUUCCAAAGGCAAACUGCCUAGGGCCGACCAAGCCGACCCAAAGAAGCCGGACGGCCUCUUGGAAGCCCCCCCAAGAACAUCUACAAAGGUGGCGGCUGCCAAAGAGCCUGAGCAGGCGGGGGGCUCCGAGACUGGGAGCACCCCCGGAAUCUCCCCUCUCAGCUCGGACCGGGAGCCCCGUGCUCGUGCCGACAGAGUGAUCAGCGGCGGGGUUUGCAAAGCUCGCCGAACCAAGCCUAGGUUCCUCCCGAAGUCCGUCCCGGUGAUCUCGGUUACACCAGACCAAAAGAAUGACAAGAAGGAGAGCCUAGGCGGCGAGCUUUGCAAAGCCCGCCGAACCAAGCCUAAGUUCCUUCCGAAGUCUGUCCCGCUCGCGGCGGCACCCGAGGAGGACAUGGCCGAGAAGGAGGGCGAGAAGGGGGGAGCAGAAGAGGAGAAAUAA